GUCUAUUUGUAGUGACUCCAGUUCAGUGUUCAGUGUUGUUCAACGGUCCGUUGAGCGUCGGGAAGAAGCGGGCUCUUUACUGGGAGAAAUGGCUUGAAUGACCGGCGAGUAAGACACAUUUUCCCGUUUCAUCGGGUGAAUGUUUUAACUUUGGAGGUUUUAAAUCCUGACGAAUUGCCUUUACCAAGUAAGGAACUAUGGCAAACGUGAAAGUCGCCAUUCGAGUUCGCCCUCUCAACGCAAGGGAAAGCGUGGCUGGAGGGAGGCUAGCUGUCCAGGUAGAGGACAAGUUGGUGAGGAUAAGGAAUACCAAGCUGGAUGGACGUCACGACGGCCCUGGGGAAUCCAGGGAGAAGGUGCUGGAGUUUGGUUUUGACUACUGCUACUGGUCUGUUGCCCCAGAGGAACCACACUACGCCUCACAAGAAGAGGUGUUCCAGGACCUGGGAGUGACGGUGCUGGCUGGGGCGUCAGAGGGCUACAACGUCUGUCUGUUUGCCUACGGGCAGACUGGCACUGGCAAGACCUACACCAUGAUGGGCACACUGGACUCCAUGGGCCUGACCCCCAGGAUUUGUCAGGGCCUGUUCAAAUCUGAUGACACAUUCCCCGAAGGACACAACUCAAGCAGGGUUGAGAUCAGUUUCCUGGAGAUCUACAAUGAGCGUGUUCGUGACCUGCUGCGAGGCAGAGAGCAGAAGAAGAAACCCUCCCUACGGGUUAGGGAGCAUCCUGAGAAAGGACCCUAUGUACAAGACCUGUCCCAGCAUGUGGUGUCUGACUACAAGCAGGCGGUGGACCUAUUGGAGGAGGGCAUUGCCAACCGCAUCACCGCGGCAACACACAUCCACGACACUAGCAGCAGAUCCCAUGCCAUCUUCACCAUCCAGUACACCCAGGCUAUUCUGGAGGACAACCUUCCCUCAGAGAUUGUAAGCAAGAUCAACCUGGUAGACCUGGCUGGCAGUGAGAGAGCAGACCCCCACUACUGCAGAGACAGACUCACUGAGGGAUCCAACAUCAACAAGUCCCUGGUGACACUGGGUAUCGUCAUCUCUGCUCUGGCCCAGAACUCUCAGAUGUCCAGUAGUUGUCAGAGCAUCAACAGUGUGGCCAGUCACACCAGCUGUCUGUCUGGUGGUGGUGGUGGAGGAGGGAGAAGACACUGCUUCAUCCCCUACAGGGACUCAGUCCUCACCUGGCUCCUCAAAGACAGCCUGGGAGGAAACGCUAAGACCAUCAUGAUCGCCACUGUGUCCCCAUCCAGUAGCAGCUACAAUGAGACUCUCAGCACCCUGCGCUACGCUGCUCACGCUAGGAACAUCGUCAACAAGCCCAGGGUCAAUGAGGAUGCCAGUGUGAGGCUGAUCCGAGAGCUACGUGAGGAGAUAGACAGGCUGAAGAGAACGCUUCUCAGCUUCCAGAUGCAACUGAAUCCUAGCCCUUCUCUGAGUGAUCAGAGAGACGGGAGUCUGUCUGACAUCGUGUUGCAGAACGAACUAAAGGUGGAUGAGCUGACGAAGGACUGGUCAGAGAGCUGGCGGGACAAGAAGGAGCUGUUGGAACAGUACAGUGUGGAUAUCAACAGAGACUGGGGUGGGUUCCUCAUCCACUCCCUGUUACCACAUCUCAUUACCCUGGACCGGGACGUACUCAGCACCGGGGUCACCUUCUAUCACCUCAGGGUAUAUACAAUACACAAUUUAGGAUACUAAUACAUACUUCCUCAUCCACUUCCUGUUACCUUCUACCACCUCAGGGUAUAUACAAUACACACUUUAGGAUACUAAUACAUACUUCCUCAUCCACUUCCUGUUACCUUCUAUCACCUUAGGGUAUGAGCACACACACAUGAAUACACAGACCACAAUCAUACACACACACACACACACACCCCUGCACACACCCCUGCACACACAAACACACACAACCACGGAACCAUUGACAUUCUUCUAUACUACCUCUGUAUAUUCUGUUCUUGACUUUCUCUGACUAAAAUGUCUCUCUUUUGGUCUAUUACAUUCUGUUCUUCCUUCUCUCUGUUCUGCUUGCUGUACCAGAUGCAUCUCACUCCAUCCUCUCUCAUGUUUCUCCCUCGUUCCUGGUGUUUUCACUUCUCUAAUGGCUGAAUGUGAUUGGAUAAGAGGCAUUCCGUUGUGAGGCGCUCAGGGGACGUAGCUACAACUGUCCUGAUUCUGACAGCGGCUAGAAUGUCUUUAGGCCUGGCGAUUAUACCACUGUAUUUAAAGAUGGAAACCACCUGGAAAUCCAUAGUGUUCCUGUAGUUACAUAAUAUAGCCUUUUUUUCCCACAAGAUAGCAUUUGAUAAACAAAUACUUGUUUUGCUGACAGGUAGCCUAAGUGUAGGGGUCAGAGUUUAAAUGUCAUUUAGCAGACACUCUUAUCCAUAGCAACUUACAGGAGCAGUUAUGUGCUUUUCUCAAGACACAUCAAUAGAUUUUUCACGUAGUCGGCGUUGGGAUUUGAACCAGCAAUCUUCCAGUUGCUGGCCCAACAUUCUUAACCGCUAGGCUACCUGACACCAGAGUUCUGUGGAAGUCAUAUUUUGACAUAGUAGAACACUGUGUGUUAGUCAUUUUAUCUCAACCCACCUAUUUCAACGCAACUGUGCCUUUGUGAUCCUUUACAGACUGAUCCUUUACAGACUGAUCCUUUACAGACUGAUCCUUUACAGACUGAUCCUUUACAGACUGAUCCUAUACAGACUGAUCCUUUACAGACUGAUCCUUUACAGACUGAUCCUUUACAGACUGAUCCUAUACAGACUGAUCCUUUAAAGGCUGAUCCUUUACAGACUGAUCCUUUACAGGCUGAUCCUUUACAGACUGAUCCUUUACAGACUGAUCCUAUACAGACUGAUCCUUUACAGACUGAUCCUUUACAGACUGAUCCUAUACAGACUGAUCCUUUACAGACUGAUCCUAUUCAGACUGAUCCUUUACAGACUGAUUCUUUACAGACUGAUCCUUUACAGACUGAUCCUAUACAGACUGAUCGUAUACAAACUGAUCCUGCACCAGCUGAUCCUAUACCAACUGAUCCUAUACCAACUGAUCCUAUACCAGCUCCCAUCCUAGACAGCCUGCUAACGGAAGAUUCGGAAGGUUCUGAUGAAGAGAGUGAUCAAAGAGUUGCUCCACCCUCUAAAGUGGUUCUAUACAGGAAUAAGGUGGUUCAGGAGGAGUUGUCAAGACAUCAUACCCUGCGGCGCGCCGAGAGCCAUGUUCGACACAAAAGGCUGCACUACCAGCUGGAGAGGAUCGCUCGCAAGCGCCAUCUACUGGACGCUAAGAGGGAACUGCAGAGGCUAGAGAAGGCCCUGCCACCUGGACUAGAGAGCCCUGUGUCUCCUGGCCUGGGGUCCCCCUCAAGGUCAAGAGGACAUCAACCUGUUUUGCACAGGCAUUCUGUCUCAUCAGACCUGCUGUCCCGCUUAUACCCCCAACACACCCCAAU